CGAGCUUUCGAGAAACAGGCGUCGCAAUAGUGUGCGUCGCUCUUUAAUGAACGUCUCUGACGCCAACUUGGGUAACUAGGUAUGUGCCACUGCGAAUGUGCCUCUCUACAACGACGAAGAAUAUCCCUCAAGUUUCUCCGAUGCUGAGCGGAAUCAAACCCACGUCACAAGAGUUCUUCAGGGACAGCAAGCCGACCCAUCAGCAGCAUGCACGUCACACAUGCACUUGAUGGGCUCCCGGACAGUCGCAGCACUGGUCAUUCUGCUUCUCUUCGAACAUGGAAAAUGCGACCUCUGCGACAUCUGUCGGCGAAAGCGAGACAGCGCGGUCCGGAUGCCGUACAACCAGCGCUGGCACUUUGACGCCUCCUCGUUUCUCUGCCAGCCGUUCAACUUCUGCGACGACGAGAUCACGGAACGCAUGAAGGGUCGCAAGUCAAAGGCUGAAAUCAACUGCGGAGGCGUGGACUGUUUCGAGUGGCUGUACGAGUCACUGAAGAAGAGGCAGGCGCAGGAAAGCGACCUGCCCAAGACUAUGCUCAGCCACCACCAGUACCACGCGCCUCACGCAACGACGACGGCUCCGUUGGCGCCCAAGCCCGUCUUCACCGCGGCCACCAGACACGGCGAGGCGACGACCACCCAGCUCACUUCCACUGUCACUGUCGGGACCAUAGUCAAGGAACCUGCCACGUCGCAGGACGAAGCGCUGAAUGAACCCGAAGCACCUUACGAGUUCGGCUUGGCCAAGCCCGAGGCAAUCCACGUCCCUCUGGUUCCCAAGCAUAGCUCGCACCGCAAGCCCGAGCUGUGCACGCUGAAACCCGACCGUGGCCGUCGCUGGCCGUGCUCCCAGCGCUGGUACUACAACACGGAGGAGAACGCCUGCAGCACGUUUACCUUCUGCGGCCAAAAAGGAAACAGAAACAACUUCCUCACGAACGAGACCUGCUACGAGGAGUGCCACGAUGGUAGUCAUCGCACGUAGGUGGCAAGAUGGACGCCAUCUCACAGCAACACUGGGGCCGCAAGUGUUGAGUAUUCGACGCUAGGCGGAAGCUGUAUUGUGUACAAGAGCUAUUGGCAAGAAAUGGAUGAAAAAAAACUUUUCUCAAUGAAUUACUUACUGUGCAAAACUUGAAUGAAGUGAAUCAAGUACGACAAGUGUGUUUAGUUCAAUUAUGAUUUGUGCAUGAUUAUAAAUAAAUGAGAAGACAGUGGGUGGGAAAUGGGAUGCCACAAGGGUGCAUAUUAUUAAAUUGUGGUUUGCCUGGAGUGCCGUCGCAAUUGUUUGUGCAGCCUGUACAGCUUGCUUACAAGGCACUAAGUAAGUAAAGUGACUUGGUUGCCUCCUUGGCAUGACGGCUUGAAUUAAUAAUCUUCAAAUUUUGGCUUUGUUCUGGAACGUUGGAGUGCUGCGCAGCGAAGUUUUUAGCAAGCCUCGAAAAAGGAAGUCAGGCCCUGUGGUUCUAGUGUGAUGAAUUCUGCUGUGGUAAUACAAAAGAAAAUGAUAUAAUAUGAAGCUAGAAUUGCCUGUGCUGGUCUUAUAUGCGAAUUGCAUUCGAACCUGGACCUGCGACUUCCAAUUCGAAUCAUAGUCAUCAGCGUCAUUUUCUUGUAAACUGCGGGACGAAGGCUGCUCCCAGCGCCCUCCAAUCAUCGCUGUUUAGCUAAGUCGACUAUGAUUCAUACAGUGAAUGUUCAACUUUCUGCGAGUUACGAGAGCACAGCACUGAGAUCAAGUCGUGCGCUGGAGCGAAAAAAAAAAGCAAAUUUUUACAUGGCGGUUUUGAGUAAUCCUGAUGGAAUGACUGAGCAUUGCAAGUGUUGAGUGCCCACCUAACUAGCUGCGUGAAAAAAAAAAAGAAGCAAGCAUUGACCGAGACCAGUCUCUCUGCUUCCAGGCUGAGGCGUCCACUGUUCAUCCACUGUUGGUCACUCCAAACCUCCACCUUCCUGUGACCCUUUUGAUCUUUUAUGAAUGACUGAUUAGCUUAGAUUAAAUAAAAUGUUGACACUCUGAAUGGG